GGUCUCGGAGCAGACCCCCAACCCCCAAAGGCAGCCCGCAGACGAGCAGGCAGAGCCCUCAGACCCUGAAGCGGAGCCGGGUGACCGCCUCGCUCGAGGCUUUACCCGCGGGGACGGUGCUGACGGACCAGAACGGGCAGAGCUGGAAGCUGGGAGCCCUGCAGACCAAGGACGCCCAGGGCAUCCUCUAUGAAGCUGAGCCUUCCCCGAGUACCCAGAAAUACCGGUUCUCGCUCAAAUUGGACGCCAAGGAUGGACGCUUGUUCAACGAGCAGCACUUCUUCCAGCGGGCCGCCAAGCCUGUGCAAGUGAACAAGUGGAAGAAGCUGAGCUCAAACCCCCUCCUGGCCAUCCCCACCUGUGUGGGUUUUGGCAUUCACCAGGACAAGUACAGGUUCUUGGUGUUUCCCAUCCUGGGGAGGAGCCUGCAGUGGGCCCUGGACCACACCCCAAAGCAUGUGCUGUCCGAGAGAUGUGUCCUGCAGGUGGCCUGCAGACUGCUCGACGCCCUGGAGUUCCUCCACGAGAAUGAGUAUGUUCACGGCAACGUGACAGCUGCGAGCGUCUUCGUGAGCCCAGACGACCUGAGCCAGGUGACCCUGGGGGGCUACGGCUUCACCUACCGCUACUGCCCAGGGGGCAGACACGUGGCCUACGUGGAGGGCAGCAGGAGUCCGCACGAGGGGGACCUCGAGUUCAUCAGCAUGGACCUGCACAGGGGCUGUGGGCCCUCCCGCCGUAGCGACCUGCAAGCACUGGGCCACUGUGUGCUGAAGUGGCUCUACGGGGUCCUGCCGUGGACACACUGCCUGCCCAAUGCCGACGAGGUCAUGAAGCAGAAGCAGAAGUUCCUCGACAGCCCAGAGCCCCUGGCCGGACUGCGUGGUCCCCGGAUCAGGCCCUCAG